UGUAUGCUGGGAAGCAGUGGGCUAAGUGGGCGGCUCGGCUGGGGAGGGGAGUUGGGUCAGACCAAGGCGCUUCCUGGGACUCUGUGAAGGGACGGAAGGGGGAGUUCGAGAUGGAUUCACCCUGAUGGCGAUUGCCGCGGGAGGCCUCGAGUAACCUCCCAGCCCUGGCCAGCCUGGCCCGGCCAUGCCCGGCCCAGAUGCCCGUGCAAGAGCCCAUAGGCGAUCUGCUCCAGCAGGCAGCCCUCUCUCCAUGGAAACGGGGACCCUUCAAGAAGACCGUGACAUGCCUCUCCCAGAUUAAGGGGAGGUGGCGGAAUUCAAAGGAGAAGUGUUUCCGGAGGGUGGGGAGCGCUACUUUUUCUUUUUUCCUUGCCCCGCAAGGGUGGAGGAGGAACUAGUAUGAUUUUGGUACAAAUUAAGCUUCAUAAAGAACUGAACAAUGGAACCAGAUAUCAUUCGGAUGUACUCUUCCUCCCCUCCACCACUAGAUAAUGGAGCUGAUGAAGAGGAAGAAGAUGAGUUUGGUGAUUUUGGUGGAUUUUCUGGUGCUGGAAGUACCAGUGUUGGCUUUGACUUUGCAUCAGAUUACUCCAGUUCAAAGGAAGAACAUAAAUCUUCUUAUAACUCCAAUUACUCAGGCAACGUAGACAAUAUUAUAGCCUUAGCUACUGUUAGAUUCACUAAUGAUAAAGAAAGUAUUACAGAACUUCCCAAUUCUGUUAAAGGACCACCUGAUAGUAGUAAAGAAAAAUGUGAGUUUGGAAGUUUGGGUACAUCAUUUGAUGGUGUUAACUCAAUAGAAAUAAAAAGAACUGGGAAACUGGAGUCCUUGUGCUCUGAAAUUAGUAGGACUGAUGGGAAAGUUCCAAGUCAAGACCAGCAUGUAGACAGCUGUAAUGGUGAGAAACAGUCAUCUCCGGAAGUUCUAACAAAUGGAUUUACAGCACCAGACAUGGCAAAUUCUCAGGGAGUAGAAGAUAUGGACAGUAUCAGUGAUUCAAAGGGAUUAAGAAUUAUUAGCACUCAGAGUACUGAAUUAAGCCUAGAUUCUAUACCAAGCACAGAAGAGGAUUUUGCAGAUUUUGCCAUGUUCUCAAAUAAGCAAACAACCCAGGUAGAAGAAACAGGAAAUAAAAUAUGCAAAAAUUUCAAUGAAAGAGAAGUAUUAAGUGUUCAAGAAAACAAUGUUAUAAACAGAGUUGGAGGAGAGAAAUCUAUGAAGGAAGAGAUUUUAGAUGGAAGUUGUGAAAAUGAAGAAGAAACUUGCAUAGAAGAUGAACAUAUCUGCAUUUCAAAAGUUAAUUUACUAGUUAGUGAAGACUUGUAUGCUAGAAAGGACUGUGCAGCAUUGGAACAUGAUUACACUGUUUCUUCCAUACAAAUAAAUGUGAAUUCAGUAGGCACAACUGAAAGUAUUGAAGGAAGAGGAGAGUCUGACACUGAAAAUAGCAAAGAGCUUGAUUUUUGUUGCACCAGUGACAUUGCAAAUGCAUUCGACCUCAAUGUAAGUAGAGUUCAAAGUCAUAGCAGUCUUCCUACAGAAGAAAAGGUGUAUGCUUCUGAAAUAGUUAAGAAUGGUGAAAGCAGCACUGGGCAUGCACCAUGCAGUGGCUUAAGUGAAGAUGAUUUUGGUGACUUUGGCACAGUCAGUAAUGGAUCUCUUGCUUUUGUUGAUGGAGCUCAAGCUGCUGCAGCCCAAGAGCAUGUUCAGAUUCCUUCUGAAAACAUCAGUGAAACAAGUGAUGAAUGUGGUGACUUCACAGAUGGAAGUGGUGCUCAACAACAGUCGACAAAGAUAGCUGCUUCUCAACCAAAUGAGAUUGUAAACACUGUGCCAGAAGAAUGUCAAACACCACUUACUGGUUAUAGCAUGACAUUACAGCCUCCUACAGAACUGGAAAAUGGAGAUGACAGUGAGUUUGGAGAUUUUGGUUCAGUGGCAAAAAGGUUUCCAGACUCUGAUGACUUUUCAGACUUCAGUUCUGCUGGUUGUCAUCAAGCUGCAGAGUGGAAUGCCUUUGAGGUUGAUGAAAAAGAGAGCUGUUUGUGGGCUGUUUUUGAAGGGGAACAGGUAUUGGAUUCUUAUUCAAGAAAAGAUGUGUGGUCAUCACAUAGGACAGGCACAACCCCUGGUGCAGAGACUCAAAUGACUGACAGUGUAACAUCUCUGCAUGGGACUGGCAGUGCGCAGUUUCAAGAAUUGCCAUCUUCAGCUCGGACAGGGCUCCUAAGUCGCCUAGAACUAAUAUUUGAGACCUGUUUUCCUUCUGUACCUGUUUCUGAAAUCGAAGAGGAGAUUACUCCUUUAAACCUCUUGCUGGAAGCAGGUCAUAAGCCUUGGGGGACAGAGGAAACCCUGUCAGAAAGGGAACUGCUUGAUGUGUGGACAGAGCUUCAGGAUAUCCAUGAUGCAUAUGGACUGAGAUACCAGUGGGGUGGCUCCCACAGCAACAAAAAGCUCCUCUGCUCCCUGGGAAUUGACACAAGGAACAUUCUCUUCACAGGUAACAAGAAGCAACCUGUUAUAGUGCCCAUGUAUGCAGCAGGACUGGGCAUGUUAGAGCCUACUAAGGAACCCCUGAAACCAAUAUCUGCUGCAGAGAAAAUAGCUUCAAUAGGACAGACUCCUCCUGUAUCACCAGAGAUGAAUAUAUGUACUUCGGAUCAGUUCCAGGAAUCUCUACCACCUGUCCAGUUUGACUGGAGUAGCAGUGGCCUUACUAACCCUUUAGAUGCUAGUGGAGGUUCCACUCUUCUGAACCUUGAUUUCUUUGGGCCCGUGGAUGACAGUAGCUCUAGCACCACCACCACCAUCCCAGGUGUGGAUCCAGAAUUAUAUGAGUUGACAACCUCCAAGCUGGAAACCUCCAACACCACCAGUAAAGUGACUGAUGCAUUUGCAAAACUAAUGUCUACAGUAGAGAAAGCAAGCACGUCAACAAGAAAGCCCAAAAAGGAUGAACAACUCAGCGAAGAAGCUACCAAGGUGAUUUCUAGCCUUCCUGACUUAUCUUUCAUGCAUGCCAAGGUGUUAAUGUUCCCCGCCACAUUAACACCUUCAACGAGUUGCCAAGGAAAGGUAGACUAAAGUGAAAUGAAUUGGACAAUUUCUAUUGAUUCUUCCCCUAGCCCGUUUUUCUGGGUCCAAUAAAGUAAUACUGCUUUAAUUAAAAAAUCAAGUUCAGAUGAUUUGUUGGUAAGCAGCACUAGAAAGGUAUACAUAGUUAUGUAUAUUUAUUUACAUACUGGAGUCCUAAAUUUAUAUUAGAAAAUGUAAAUAACUGGGGAGGAUUGAACUUUUUUGAAGAUUUAUCUUUUUUCUUCUUCUUUUUCUUUCUUUUUGUGCUGGGAUGUAAACAUUUGUCCUUGUGGAAUACACUGGUAGUGUCCUUCUUUAAAAAAAACAACAAACAACUUUCUAAACAUUUUUUUAAAAAUUGAAAUUUCCAAUGUUUGCUCUUCAUAAAGAGUCUUUCAUUAUUUUUUUUCAGAACUAAUCACCCUUGAUUACCAUUUACUGAAAAGCCAAAACAUUUAGGGUCUUUCAGUGGCUCUCUGUUAAACAGAUUAAACCAUCCUCUCUUUUUCAUCUAAUGUGGCUUUUUUUUUUUUUUUUUGAGUGUGUGGGGAGGCUAGGUGGUAGAUUAUAAGUUUUUUGACUUCUAGCAGUAUGGAUUUAUCAUUAUUGCCUUUCAAGGGGCUUACUGUCAGUUCCUUUUAUUUAAGUAAUAGAUCACUGCCUAACUACUUGAUUGUUGGGAUCUAUGUAUUAAUCAAUUUGGUUUGGGAUGGAAGGACCAAAAGUAUCCGAAUGUCUUACAUUGAAAUAUACCUGUUACAUUUUUUUUUUGUUAUACCACUAUUCUUAUGUUUGAUUUUGCACAGUGUAAAUUUGACAUAAUCAUAGAUUGCUAUGGUUUAGGCUGUAUGUACAGUAAAACUAUGGGUUGUAAAUGUUUGGGGAAAUUCCUAUGGAAAAAGAGAAUGCUAUGUAGAACAACCUCUAACAAGGUUUAUGUGCAUGCCUGAGGUCUUUUUGAAAUUUCAGUGUAUAAAUUUCCUCUUAGCUUACACGAAAUAAAAAAAAAUAAAGUUAUAUAGUCUGUUAA